AUGCUGAUAACAACCCCGACCCCCAGCCUGCAGGCAGCAGUGUCCCAAGGGCUAGCCCCCAGGCGGCUGCUUUCUGCUCUCCCAGGAGCGGAUUACCUUCAUCCCUCCUCCCAUGGUCAUAUUCUGUGUCAUAUUCAUUUUGGCUUUCCCUCUUCUCCAGAACUCCUUGUUCUGCUGCAGCUGCUGCUACUUCGCCUUGGAGAUCCAGUAAGAGGCUCUCCACAGUCCCCGUUUUGUGAUAGCCACAUCUUGGAAAGGUACAUCCUUGAGGCCAAAGAAGCCCAGAAUGCUACGGUAGCCUGCAUGGAAGAUUGCAGCCUGGGUGAGAACAUCACAGUCCCUGAUACCAGGGUGAACUUCCAUACCUGGAAGAAGAUGGAGGUGGGGCAGAAGGCAGGAGAGGUCUGGCAGGGGUUGACUCUGCUCUCUGAAGCUGUCCUAAAGGGGCAGGCCUUGCUGGCCAACUCCUCCCAGACACCAGCAGCUCUAAAGCUCUUUGUGGACAAAGCAGUCAGCAGCUUGAGAAGUCUCAGAUUCCUGCUUCGAGGACUGAGAACACAGGAGGAAACUGUCUCCCUUCCAGAUGCCCCAACAGCAGCUCCAUUUCGUACCUUCACUGUUGGGACCAUGGACAAACUUUUUCGAAUCUACUCCAAUUUCCUAAGGGGAAAACUCAAGCUAUUUUUGAGAGAAGCUUGCCAAAGUGAGGAGAGGUGACUGGUUGUACCCCCACCUCCACCCUAGGCACAUCCACCCUCCUACUGUACUCAAUGACACUGCUACCAGCACUCUUCAGGAGGACUCAGAACUUAGUUCCACCCAGAUCAUGGACACAGCAAUGCCAAGGAAGAUGCCUGGAGAGCAGGAGAAACUGUCUUAUACUCGUCUUGGAGUCCCAGGGCUAUCACAAUGCCAAGACAGAGAAGUAUGCACUGGAGGAAUCCAGCUUUAAAUUGAGCCACAAGAGGGAAAUACCUUCUUGAAGACAAUGCCACUGGAGAGGUUUGGGGGGAGAAUGCUUUUAUCUGGAGCCACAGAAUAGGGAAGAAGCAUUCAGGAGCUUAGAUAGUAAAUAACCCGUUCUCCAGGCCUGGCUGACUCCCUUGUGCGUUAGCUAAAAACUAAUGGCUUAAGGUAGGAGUGGAAGAACAACAGAGAGAGAGAGAAUGGGGUCCCAGAGAGGGGUAUCCCCUGAUCUUGUUGUUGUCCCAAGUUUUUUUUGUUUUUGUUUUUAUUUCUUAUAUUUAAGAACCUAACUGCCGAGAAUUGAAAACACCAAAUGUGUCUUAGCUUUUCUGUUUUCCCCUUUGAUCCUGACUGGUUAAACUAUGCUCCCCCUUCCAUUCUCUGGGUCCUGGCCUGGCCUGCAGCCCUGAGAGGCACAGAGGUUGCAAGGGUCAAGCCCUACGUGCUGCCUCAUCCGGCCUGCCUGACUUCUUGACCCUACUGGGCCUGAGGCCACAGGCUCAACCACUGCUGGUCGAUAACCUGUCUCUACUCAAGGCUGUUCCCCAGGCAGCUGCUGCCAAUUCUGGCGGGAGAAGCCUUUAAAGGGAAUGAGGGGGCGGGAAAAGCUCUCAAUUGGGGGCAGCUCCCAAUUCUAGUUAACUAGAGGCUUCUCUCUUUGUCGCUUCUCCCUGGACCCCAGAUUUUGGCUCUAUCUCCAACCUCUGCCACCAUUUAGAAACCAAGCAUCCUAAUAUCAAGUUGUACUACCUACCUCAAUUUCCAUAUGUCUAAUUUUGAAUCCAGUUUCCCAGCCAGUGUUUUUCUCUAUGUCCACUAACAUAAAAUUUUCCCCUCAGGCAUGAUGGAAAGGGGGCUUUGGGAAUACAAUUCCUCAGUACCCCAAUUCCUUCCAUAUUCACUCCUCUAUUAUCCCUUCUCAAUAGCCUUUAUUCUUUUUUUAAGUUGUAUUGAUGCCUUUUGCUAUUAUAUCAUAUAAAUAUAUAUAAAAGAAUGCUUUUUAAUUUUAAAUUUUAUUGAUAUUUUUUCUUUUUAUAUCACCUUAUUUCCAAAUGUAUCUUUCCCCCCUUUCUUCCCCAGUAAGGCAUCCUUUAUGACAAAUAAUAAAGAGAAAAAAAUUAGUUCAGUGAAAAUAAUUAACACAUUGAUGUCUGAUGAUAUAUAUCCUAUUUUACACCCAAAGUCCUCACUUAGAAAUUCAUUGAGAAGGAGGCUUAAGAGAAAAGGGAAGUAGGCUGGAGGAGGACUGUGAGGGGCAAUGAGGUAACAAAGCAAAGGGACACUAUCUGGAAUUCCCAUGAUGGUUACCCAAAUCCCCUGUGCAAGGGUGACCUCUGCUGGUCAUAUAGAAAAAUAUUAUAGGAAUCAAUCAGUCAGACAUUUAUUGAACACUUAUACAUUUAUAUCUGGCACCAUACCAAGCAUGAGGGAUACAAAGAAAUGCAAAAACAACUGCCCUCAAGGAACUGUUCUCUGCCUAGUCAUGUGAAUCCUUUUCUCUUCCAGUACUUAGGGGUCUUCUAGUCUCUGUUCUACUCCUAAAGAAACAGAUACCUUUUCUUCCAAUUCCUUGUACUUGUCCUUGACCCUGGAAUUAAGUUCUCUCACCCUAGGUCCUGGACUUUUUUUUUCUGCUUCUAGUUCCUACUUCAUCUAAUUAAGAAAUCAACAGAAUAAUACAAAUGACAUUCAUUUGACAUUAUUCUUGCCUCAAGUAACUAACAACUUAGUUGGCAUGGAAAGACUAACAUGAGAAAAUUAAUUAACAAUACAAGACAACACAUGGAUGACCCAUUGUCCACGGGACUAUUCUUUUAACCUCCAAGGAGGGACAGCUGGCUAAGGAAGCCUUCUCACCUCAUCCUUUCUGAGAGGAGGAGGAGAGGAAGGAGACAAAUUCACCCAAACCAUCUUCAUCUAGGGAUCUGUCUUUUGGUAGGACCUCUUCUUUAGACUUUUAUUUCUAGACUCUUCUUUCUCAUUCUUUUUCUCUCUGCAAAUUAACCCACAAGAGUCCAUAGUUCAAUUGAUUUGGCAAAAUGAGGAACAAAGACUUGAUUAUAUUCAGAAGCCUGAAUCCACUGAGGUUCCCAACUUCUACUAAUUUGGAGAGCCUUUUGUUUUUUUGUUUUAAUAAAGGUUUUUUAAUAUGGGCUAUUAAUAAAAUUAUAACAGCUCAUCAACUCCCUGCCCCAAGCCAUCGCUGAUGCUAAUCAUCAUCUGCUUCUUAGAUUCUUGGCAGAAUGAAAGUUCAAAAAGCCCUCUAAAGUUCACAUGAGGGAAUAAUAGCAUCUGAGCUGGAUCUUUAAGGAAUGAUAUAAUUUCAGUGAAUGGAGAUCACAGGAAACACUUUGUGCACAGGAAAUAGCAUAAGUAUGUGAGAUACAGAGAAACAUGGCCAUACUGUCCUAACUACAGUUUAUGAAUUGAGUACAAACUGAUUUAGUGGACAUAAUCAUUAAGGAAGGGCACAAAAUAUAUAUGGGCUCUACUUUACUACCAUUCUGAGGCCCUGGUUUGGCUUGAUUUAGGGAAAUGAAGCCACCUACACGUGGAGUUAUCAGCUAGAAAGUCAGUUCUGUCCAGGCCAUCAACCAGUUCCAAACACCCCACAUGUGUCAGGUUAUUUUAUAC